AUGGGUGAUUUGUACCAUAAAGCCGCCCGUGAUGGAGUUUUCGAACUCCUGAAAACGGCCACGAAACGAGAUGCGAACCGAAGGGACGAAGACGGAAUGACUCCAGUACACUAUGCAGCUAGUUGUGGAAAUGUCGAAGCCCUUAGAUUGCUGGUCGGAAAGGGGUAGGUCUAACUAAAUUAGGCGUUCCUAAUUUUCGGAAAGGAUUCACUUAACGAAAUAUUGUAACACUAGCACAAAAGACGGAAUGGGGUUUCUUUGACCGUGAUAAUUUUUUUUUGUUUGAAGAAUUUGGGAUCAAGGGAAAUUAAGAGCUUAAGCUUAGCACCUGCCGAAUGGAAGCUUGUGAAAUUUGCGGUGUUGUUUAUAAUAUUUGUACCAAAAUACAUGCAAAAUAUGAAAAGUUGCAAUCAUUUAAAUCUCAUCGAGUUACGCUUCUGCUACUGAUUUGCAGUUUCUGUGUGCAGGCAAAUUAAAAAGCACUAGAAGAAUAUCAGACAAAGAUUUUCUAUCCGUGUCCAUUUACGCAAUAUUUUCUUUUCUGUUAAUUUUUAAAAUCUAAUUGUGUGCAUGUUUAGAAAAGUAAAUGUGCGAAGUCAUUAGAUGAAGAGUGAAAACACUCUGCGAGAUUUUUAGUUUGGUGAUCUAACGAGUGAACAACGACUUGAUUAUUCAUCCGUGUGUAAAUUUUUGAGGAUAACAUUAUUGACAACAAUGGCUAGAGUUUGUCAUCGUUUCCAUAAAUUCAAUAAUUUGUUACUCAAAUGCCAUGCUCCAAACUUAGGAAUUUUUCUCUAAGAGUUUUUAUUUGUUUUUCACGCAAGUAAAUUUCAAAUUAAGUGAUAGGAUUUGGUUUAAAUAACGAAGAGUUACGAGUAAAUCACAUUUCAGAUAAAAAUUGAGACAAAUUAAACUUCGUGUAGUUCUUUGGGUCAAGUUCUAACUUUACUCACAAAACUGUAUAUCUCCCAAUUUAGCAAUUUUGAAAGGAAUGUAAAGACUUCCUGUUUUCCAUUGUUUGUUUCUAACUAAAUAUUUGGUUUUCAUGGAAAUUUUCAUCCCAUAUGAGGAGUACAUACUUUUUUUUGUUGUCUUCAAAUUUUAAAAGCUCUAUUUGUUGAUAAGUUCCCAAGGCAAUAGUUGCCUGUCUAUCAGAUUUUGUAUCCACCAUCAUUUUACCAAAUUUUUCUCUUGUUACCAGUUCUACUGGUAUCACUCCUGAGUACAAUUUGAAACACUGAGAUCAACACAGAUAAUAGUUUAAAACAGAGGCUACAGUCUUCCAUGAUUUUUGAAACAUGCUAGAUAAAUGAAAUAAAAUGUGGAGACCUGUUGGCCCACCUCAACUUCUGGUCAUUUUUAAAACAAGACAGCCUUGCCAUCAGAACCAUAUUUCUCAAUUAAGUGGCAGGAAAUGACAUUAACAAUAAUAAUAAUGAUAAUAAUAAUAAUGAUAACUAUAACAAUAACGAUAAUGAUAAUGUGGUACAAGUAGGUUCGAAUUUGCCCCCUGGCUGGCUUUUUGCAAAACAUUCAAUUUCAUGAUGCCCCUCUCCAUGUACAAAUGGGUAUUGGUGAUAGUCAAGAAGGAAAGGUGAUCAUGAAAUGCUAAAAGCACCUAUCGAAGACAAAAAAGUGGGAUAAACCUAGGAUACCUUACCUAAGAUGGUGAGCCCUUUAUUCUGGCUAACUGAUAAAAUUGAACCCUGAUUUUCAGAGGAGAGCCUGACAGAGCAAACCAGGAUGGGGCAAGUGCUGUGCACCUGGCUGCCAGCUGUGGACAACUCAACUGUUUGAGUUUCCUAACAAACUUUGGUGCGGACAUCUGGGCUCUGGACAAUGAGGGACGGACACCAUUAGAGGAAGCUGCCCUUCAUGGGCGUAUGGAAUGCGUGAGACAUUUAGAUGGACUUAUUGCUAUCCACAUGAUGCGCAAUAAGAAAGAAGUAGACAGGCACAGGAGACAAGCUAAAAAAGAUAUGAUGAAAAGGAUAAGAAAGCGCGAUAAGGACGUGCAACGCCGAGAUAAUGCUUACGAAAGAAGAGUUGCAAAGGAAACUAGGGUAAGAAGUAAGUCUAUGAAUGAUGACCAGAAAGAUACAUGGACUGGAAAUGGAUUGUCUAUCCCUCAAAAAAAUGCUGAGAAGCAGUUCUCACAAUUAACCAAUGUUGGCCAUUUUCCAGAGCAAGAGAAAUCAAAUGACAAGAAAAGCAUGAAGUCCCACUCUUCAGAGACCUUUCAAUUUGGUUCUAAAAAAGGUAGAAUGAUGGGAGUCUUUCGCUCGAAAUUCAGCUCACUACGCAGCUCAAAAGAUGAGCCACAAAUUAUUAAUCGCAGGUCAUUAGAAGAUGCCGGCCUUGUCAGGAGCUUUUCUCAGAGUACACCUUCUUUUUUGGAUCAGUUUGAGUCAAAGGCAAUUGAGAAUCAACACCAGAGUUUAGCUUCAGAUUCUGUUGAUCCCUAUGAACUUGAUUACUCAGACCUGUCCUUUGGACAUGUGGUCAAAAAGUUUGACGACAAAGGCAAUGUUACAACACAUGUUCAUUAUGUUCCAAAGAAUCCUGCUAAGAUGAUAAAUGGCAGUGUGACAAGCCGCACUAGCCUCAGCAGUCAGUUAAGCUCAAGUAGUCAGCUGAGUUCCUCAUUAAAUGACAUUCGCAGUUUGAAAUCUAUUGAGCUUGAAGAUGCAUUCUCUCUGUCGGACAUUGAAACAGAAAACACAAGAAAUAAAACCCUUGUCACAUUUAUGGCUUCACUGAACUUGGAACAGUUCACUACAUCUUUGAUCAAUGAAAGAAUUGAUUUAAGUACUUUAUCUCUGUGUUCUGAUGAUGACCUCAAAGACAUUGGCCUCCCUCUUGGGCCAAGAAGAAAAAUUCUGGAUGCUGUUUGGAAAAGAAAUGCAGCUUUGAGUCAUCCAGGGCCAAUGAGUGACUCAAAAAUUUAA